CCGCUCUUAGAAAAUGUCAAUCACAAUGCCGCCCUGAUGUCUCGUUGUUUCUCCGCAUGCAAUGACUCGGAAUCCCGUUGCAUGCGUUGCGUGCAGAUCGGCAAAGCAAAGAUGUAUUCACAAUGACGGCAGACCACCUUGCGACCGUUGCAAGGCUACCGGUCGUGAGCAAUCCUGCGAAUUCCCUCCUCCAGGCACAUCGGCCAUCCACCGCAAGCCAAAGCGUCCACGGGUAGAGGACUCUACAUCCGGGCUGACUCCGCCGUCUAACUCUACUCACUCAUCUCACCGCGCAGAAACAGCCGCCCGCAGUCCACAAAGCACCACUGCUCUUCUCGAUGGAGUGGAUCCCUUCGACCUCCUCACUGACGAUGUCAUAAACAGUUAUCUUCGCUGCGCAUACAAAUGGAGCUUCCACCACACGCCAACGCUGUUGAAGCACAUUCGCGACCGUACACUGGAACCAUGGAUGGCAUGGGCGAUCCUUGCGUUAGCGAUUCGGUUUGUCAAGGAUACUCCUUCCCCCUUCAAGAGCCAGACCGAAGCCAGCAACGCAUUUGCCGCGUACGCCCGCCAAUUGCUACAGCCUGAGUUCGUAACUCCCACUGUGAGCAGAGUGCAGGCGCUAUUGAUGCUGACGGGACACGACUGGGGAGCAGGAAACGGUCAGAGAGCGUGGAUAUAUCUUGGGAUUGCUAUACGGCUCGUGCAGACUAUGGACCUUUGUCAAGAGCCUAAAUGGCCCGUGAAUAGGCCUCCCACUCGAGAAGAGUUCAUUGAUGCCGAGGUGCGCCGACGAACCGCGUGGACAUGCUUCCUAAUGGACUCCUUGCUCAGUGGAGGGAAGGGCCGUAAGCGUUCAUUGGCGGCUGAGGAUAUGGCGAUACAGCUUCCCUGCGAAAGGGACGCCUUCAUCUUUGGCACGCCCGUGAUCACUGAACGACUAGACGGCCGCUUAGUCGCACCAUCGCAAUACCCUCAACCAACUGGGGCACUCGGUAUCAUUGCUUACAGCAUGCGCGUCGCGAACAUAUGGGGAAGGGUAGCGCGUUGGGCAUGCUCUGAGGUUGUCAACUCUGAAUUACCCUGGGUGGACACUUCCGAGUUUCAAAGGCUGUUCCACGAUCUGGCGGAGUGGAAGAAGUCCCUUCCUGAUCGCCUCCAAUAUGAUCCGUUUACCCUACAAUCCCACAAUGCCAUGGACCAAGGACAGGCAUAUUGCUAUAUGCACAGUAUCUACUUCAUGAGUUAUAUGUUUCUGUACCGCGCUUACCUGCCUGUUCUGGGUCCGCAUACUGGCGUGGACGACACUCCGAAAUCGUUUACCGAACUGAAGGAUACGUGGAAGAAUUGGCAAAUAAUGUCUAGAAGAGAGCUGUUCAGAGAAUCCACGACUGUUUUGGAGAUGCUAGAUGAAAUGCGCUCGUUCGGCGUAUACUUUCUUCGUGGCCUGGUACCUUGGAUUGGAUUCACCAUAUACACCGCUGUCGGCGUCAUGCUCUAUACCCACCACUUUCCUAGCGUCGAUGACGACCCUAAAAUCGCUGAGAAGGCGCGAGAUCGUGUCAUCAAGGGUUGCACGUUUCUCAAAGACAUGCAGACCCAAUGGCCUAUGGCCACGACAUGGUAUGAGACCAUCAAACGCAUGCAGGCCUACUAUCGAUCAGCAGUGGGGCAUGCAAGUCCCGUAUCCUCUGAUGAGAGACAAGCGCUCCGCCGUGCGAUGAUUGAUUACGGCGCCCUUCAGCCUUCACCAGUGCAACGACCUGGUGAAUUCGCUAGGCCUUCAGAUGCCUACGUUGCGCGGCCAGCUGUGAUCCACGAGCAACCGACCGCAGUCUCUUCUCCACUCUUGAUGUCUCCGCCUCUGUCUACGCCUCAGAACCAGUCUACAGCUUCGGCGAACGGCAAUAGCGCCCUCUCCCCUGCGCUUGACAUCGACCAAACUUUUGACUUGAAUUUUGAUUUUACGAAUUCGGAUAUGGAAGCGCUGAUGAUGAGUGCGCAGGACUUUUGGGUCUCGUUCCCAGGAGAGCACCUGGUUGGUUUGCGGGAUGGAAACCCCUGUCUCGGAGCGAUGCCCGACGGUUGGCGGCAAAGUGAUUGGGAUAUUUCACUGGGAGCCGGAACGGACCUCUUUUGGCGAUUUUGGGCUUUGAUGGACGGUAAAAGGCAAGACUUUCAAUUGGGAUUGUGCACGGAUAUGCGACUGAUGUGGAAUGGCCACGGAGCCGUCUCCAUCAUCCCCGCUAAUCAUCCGCGGCCGCCCCGCCCUUCAACCUCCCUUAAGCCUCAUACGCCUUUGAUCGGAAUUUUCUCUUUGACAGUUGCUUGCAGUUCUCUAAAUAACGUGCUGAGACUCUUUUCCAACAUGGGAGUCUACUACGAGACCAUUCCAGACUCCCUCAGACCAUGGAUUCUCGACCAGAAAAUGCUCUUGGUAGCCACCGCCCCUCUCUCCCCGUCCGGACACAUCAACGUCUCCCCGAAAGGUGGCCAGCACUUUGGCAUCACCUCCCCGCGCCAGUUUUGGUUCAUGGACCUCUCGGGAUCCGGCAUAGAAACGACGGCUCACCUACACGAACCCGGUAACGGCCGCAUAUGCGUCAUGUUCAUGGCCUUUGAGGGCCCGCCGCGCAUUCUCCGCAUUUGGGGCAAGGGGCGGGCACUCGAAUUUGGAACCCCAGAAUUCAAUGAGUUUGUGAAGAAGAACGAGGUCAAACUGUUACCUCAUUCGAGGAGUAUCAUUCUCGUGGACAUUGAUCAGGUGGCUACUAGCUGCGGAUACGCGGUGCCCUUCUACGAUUUCAAAGGGUUCCGGACGGUGUUGGAUGACUUCUUCGAGAAGAAGGAAAAGGCCUUCAAGGCGGGGAAGGAGUCUGAGAGUAUGGAUAGGUAUUGGGCGUUGAAGAGUCAGCUGAGCGUAGACGGCCUGCCUGGUAUGAAGAGGGGAUACGAAUUCGCCCAGCAGCACAAUGUGGCGCCGCUGAAGAAGUUUGUCGGACAAGCUGCGCCCACCGCACCGAGAAGAUCGAAUGCCGUCUCGCCGGUUCAGCUGGCCUUGGUUGCUCUGCUGAGUUUCAUCAUAGGAGCCGUUUUGACGUUGACUGUGGUGCCGCCGGAAUUUGUUAGGAGAGUGCAGUACAAGGAAGUAUUCUUUUGAGGCGCUUUGAGUAUGAUGGUAUGACUAUCGGACGAUCUUGCGUACAGACGAUUCAUCGAAUAUCUCACGUUUACGAGCUGUUCGAAUCCAUUCGCGUUACGGCCAUCCAUAUGAUUCCAGUCUUGAACACACAGCCCUCAGAGGGGUGGGCAGUAUCCAACAUAUCAUGGAAUUUCUUUUCUGUAAUGUCACUACAUCUUUUGUUCUUUCGGAGAAAUUAAGCGGUUUCCCUUCCUCCAGUCAAUUAUCUUUCUCCGAAUCUAUCUGUGCCUGAGCCACUUUCAUUACCGCAAAUUGACUGCCCAAGUUAAUCGGACGGCUUACUGCACGUUGGGAAUUGACAUACCACAGCCUCUCCGAUCUUAAAAUUUGUUUACAGCAGUUUGCCCCUUGUAAGGCCUUGGUCAUCCACGGUCAUCCUAUACCACGGGGAGGUUUUUGGUUCACAUCCACUAUCUCCGAAAAGAGGCCAAGUGCAACCGCACGUCACCACU